GGAGGGGCAUGACGUCACAGGCGAGACCGGGAAAGGAGGCGAAUGGGGAGAAAGGAAGAGGGGGAAGGAGGAGAAGGGACGCAGGAGAGAGGGAGAGCGGGGGGAAGACGCAUCAAAGGAAAACAAAGCAAAAAAUAAUGAUAAUAAUCAUGACUCCUGUAAUUAACACAACGUCUCUUUGCACACCAUAAUGGCUCCACUGUUUACCUACACAGUGUGCCGCAAUAAAUGACGAGCCGACCCUCGAAGUGCACUCCAGCUUGAGAGACAUGUCAUCUCCAGGCAUGGGGACCCCCACAGACCCUCUCUUGGCCAGUCCAGGAGGGAGGUCAUUCUCAGCUCAGGAAGGCCUCUGGAGGACCUCGCUGCCCAAGACGGCCAGCUUCCCGACGUCCACCACGCGGCACCUCAGUCACAGAGCCAACAACUUCCAAAGACAGCCGAAGCGUAGGAAGCUGAUACGACCCUCACCGCCUCCCCCGCCCAACACGCCUUGUCCCCUGGACCAGCUGGACCUCAGCGAGCUUCCCCCCAGACGCACCUUCCAGGAGCUGCUCUUCAAUGGCUGCAUCCUGUUCGGGAUUGAGUUCAGCUACGCCAUGGAAACGGCCUAUGUGACCCCUGUUCUCCUGCAAAUGGGCCUCCCGGAUCAGUUCUACAGCCUGGUGUGGUUCAUUAGUCCCAUUCUUGGAUUCCUUGUUCAGCCUCUUAUAGGUGCAUGGAGUGAUCGUUGCACGUCCCGGUUUGGAAGAAGGAGACCUUUUAUAUUUGCUCUGGCUGUAGGGGCUUUAAUGGGUUUGACCCUGGUUCUGAACGGACGAGACAUCGGAGGAGUCCUGGCCGACACGGCAUCAAAUCACAAGUGGGGAAUCAUCCUGACGGUGUGUGGCGUGGUCCUGAUGGAUUUCAGCGCCGACUCGGCCGACAACCCGAGCCACGCCUACAUGAUGGAUGUGUGCAGCCCGGAGGAUCAGGACAGGGGGCUCAACAUUCAUGCAUUACUAGCAGGACUGGGAGGAGGAUUUGGCUACAUCGUAGGCGGCAUCAACUGGGACCAGACGCAGUUUGGGACGUCCAUGGGGGGUCAGCUCAGGGUCAUAUACCUGUUCACCAGCAUCACUUUGGUGUUCGCCACCGCCAUGACUCUGAUGAGCAUUCCCGAGAGACCGUUACCAAAGAGCCAACCAAACAGAAACUCCAGUAAGAACCAUCUGAAAAGCCCCAGCCUCCCUCUGCCUAUGUCUCCUCCCGUCCCCCCCGGAGCCGGUCCGGGGCUGGACGAGGAGGACGAGGACGGACUUUACAGCUACAGCUUUCCCAAGUCUCAUCAAGGUAAUUCUGACCCUUUGGCUCACUCUUGCAGCGCCAAUGCACGCCUGUGUGCCGGCCUCACCAGCCCCAUAUCGCCCAUGAGUCCCCUCACCCCAAAAUAUGGCAGCUUUAUAAGCAGGGACAGCUCACUCACUGGCAUCAACGAGUUUGCCUCUUCAUUAGGAACCUCCUACAUAGACAGUGUGCUUAUAGACUGCUACACAGGCCAGCAAACGCCUCCAACCCUGGCUUCAGGCUCCACUGCCAUGCCGCUGCCUACAGGAGAAUCCCCUCCCUCUGAGAAGGUGGGUAACCCCCCUGCAGGGCAGCCUGAGGCUGGCGGGGGGCCCCAUCAAGCUGAAGAGGCCCAGGAGGCAGAGGGGCCUCAGACCGAGGGAGAUGCACAAACUCAAGGCGCUCCUGCGGGAACAGCCGGGUCUCAGUCAGGGGCCGGGCUGCACCGGGGAUCCUCUGCUGGGAUCCUGAAGAGACCUCAGAGUCUGGCGCUGAUGGAGGAGCCCACGGCGACGCAGAUUGUUGGGCUGGAGAACGGGCGGAGGAGAACAGUGACUUUCAGCCAACAGGUGGCAAAUAUUUUGCUAAACGGAGUGCGAUACGAGAGCGAUCUAAGUGAAAAUGUGGAGACAGGAGAAUCCCAGAUGUCCAUGAAGCUGCUGUGUAUAGCCAUCUACCGAAUGCCUCCCUCUCUGAGGAGUUUAUGCACUAAUCAUUUUUUAGGCUGGUUGUCAUUUGAAGGAAUGCUGCUCUUCUACACUGACUUCAUGGGCGAGGUUGUGUUUGAGGGAGACCCCAAAGCGCCGCACGACUCUGAAGCUUACCAGCGUUACAAUGCUGGCGUCAGCAUGGGCUGCUGGGGCAUGUGCAUCUAUGCAUUCAGCGCUGCUUUCUACUCAGCCAUAUUGGAGAAACUAGAGGAACGUUUCUCCCUACGCACUCUUUAUUUUUUUGCCUACUUGGCAUUUGGUUUGGGCACAGGCCUCGCAACGCUAUCCACCAACCUCUAUGUGGUGCUUUCGCUCUGUGUCACCUAUGGCGUGCUCUUCUCCUCUCUCUGUACGCUGCCUUACUCUCUGCUGUGUGAAUACUACCAGAGCCCUCAGUUUUGCGGCUCGUCAGAAGAAGGGACCAGACGCGGGAUGGGGGUGGACAUCUCUCUGCUCAGCUGUCAGUAUUUCCUGGCGCAGAUCCUCGUCUCUGUGGCGAUGGGACCUCUGACCUCACUGGUGGGCGGGGCUCAGGGGGUGAUGUACUUUGCAAGCCUGAUGUCAUUCGUGGGUUGCCUGUACUCCUCCCUCUGCGUGGUGUACCAGCUGCCCCCCCCUGAGGGUGAGCCCCCCGAAAGCGAGACCCAGCCGUUACUGGCGCACAUUUAGCAAAGCCUCUUCAUUCACUUUAAAAACACACACACACACACACAGACCGCCACGCGCUCCCAUACCGUCGCUCGGUGUGCGAGUGCGUCUACCUCCGUAGCGAUGAUAGUGACAGACACACUGCACAUCCUGCCACACACUGUUUCAGCACAGCUUCACAGAUUUUACGCUAAUCCGCACUGCUCUGCUCAGAGCCAGACAGACAGACAGACAUUGGCCACAACUCCAACAAGCAUAAACAUGACCAGUGUUCAUACAGUGUGUGUGCCCGUGCUUUCUUUCCCAAACUUUCUGCAAACGAAUGUGACGUUCUCUGUGAAUGUGUGUGACUGAGCUGAGCUCUGUUUGUCUGAUUCCUUACUGCAUCGUUUUGUUGUUGCCUGUUUCUUUUGGUGUUUAGGAUCGCAGUGUGAAUCACUACGUGCAAGCUAACCACAGCUUUUUCCCUCUUUUCUUUCCUUUGAUCAGUUGCCUAACAUCUGCAUGAGCUGCGGCAGUGUGGUCUCUCAAAGCUUUUUUUUGUUUUUUGGUCACGAGGCCUAACUAAUGUCUACCUGCCUGUUUCUCUGAGUUAGAGUGCUAAUAUCACACUUUAGCAAGAUUUUCUUCACUAAAAGUGCUGCCAGUGGCUGUUCAUACUGUUAAAAUUCACUUAAAUCUAAGAGCUUUUUUAGGACAACAAUUUUUUUAAUAUUCACCAGAAUACUGAGUGAAGUGGUGGCCAAAGGUUUUGUGACUGACUGAAGUUUUUUUAAUUCUACAAACUUUAUUGCUUCAAUGUUGUUUGAUCCUUUAGUCAGAUGUUUCUGUUGUUUACUGGAGUUUCGAAAGGUUAUGAUAUAAUAUAUGUUUUACAUUGAGUUUUGAUCCAUGCAGCAGUUUCUCACUGUGUUUGCCUUAAAGCUGUUAUCCAUUCUGCUAGAUUUAUGGCGUUGUUUCUAAACCAAAAUGUGACUGUUCACCUUUUCCCCGUUAGAGAAUUUGUUUUUUCCAGAUGCCCCUGAUAGUGUUUAUGGGUCUUUAUCUGAGAAUUUCACUUUAGCCCUGAACCCUGCAGUCCAGAUGGUAUAUUGUGCAGAAUCUCAGCCUGUCCUUGUCCUAUUAGUUUGUCAGUCGUCACUGCUGUGCUGUCCGUCUGAAACCCGGCAAGAGUCCAAAACGAUAACGUCUCAUUCAGACAACACUCAAGCCUUGUCGUUGCUAUUCCUGACUGAGCUCUCCAGUGGUGGUAAUACAAUACUGAAAAGUUGGAUGAGAAACUCAAAUUUGCCUGCUGUCAUUCAUUCCAGAGCAAGAUAUGCAUUGUUGGCAACCCUUAAAGCUACAGAAUGUAAUGUUUAAAAAAAUAUGUUUUACAUAUUUGUUCAAACUGUCAUCAUGUCUUGACAGUAUAGUAUGAAACAGAUAGUCUGCAUAGAGAGAAAGGUUCUUCUCCUAGUGCUAGGAUCGCCCUCUGUUAAAAUUGAGCUUUCCCGGUGACAAAUCACCAAUCAGAGCGCUGUCAAUCAUGUACGCGCUGCUCAGUGUGCUAAUGGAAUCAAAUUGCAGAAAACUGUUUAUCCAGUGGUCAUGAUAACUAGCCUGAAUAUUAACGCCCAGCUGUAUGCGUAGCGGAAAGAAAAGGGGAGGUUGUGAGCGACUGUCAAGCCUGAUUGACAGCGCUAAGGUCCUCCUCCUGGCUCUGAUUGGUUGUUCUAAGUGACCGUUGUCGCUGUGCAGAUUGCAGCAAGGAGAAGGCAGAUGAAUCUGUUACGACAUAGUGACAGUUUUAACAAAUAUGUAAAAAACAUUUUUUAUAUAAAAGUUACAUACUGCAGCUUUAAAUUUUGAGAUUGGGGUUGCAAUUUUUUUUUAAAGUGCCUUGAGACCACAUUUGCUGUGAACUGGUGCUUUCACAAACGGUGGGUUUGGCUUGUCCAGCAGCAAUAUCUUUUCAAGUAAUUCAUUUUACCCAAAACACUUAUGACAUAUUUCCUUAAGUAUUAACAAAAGAUUUGAUAUGAAACAAUAAUUUUCUUUAAAAACAACAAUCUUGCUGUUCUGAUUCAGAUAGAAUCACAAAGUGAUGACUUUAAUAAUUUCUUCAGGAAAGUAAAUAUUCAGGGCUCCUUGUAACACUGGGGCAGUAAAGGUUGAGUCAGUCUUAAAACUUUUGGCCACACAUUUCUACGAUGGAGUAUUAGGGCCACACGAGGAGAAUAUGAACAAUUAAAUUACAAAUUAAGUCAUAAUAGAAUACACUUGUUUGAGAAUAAAGCCAUAAAAUUACAAGAAUAAUCUCAUACAAGGAUAAAGUAAUAAUAGUUUAAGAUAGAAUCAUAAUACUACAAGAAUAAAGUUGAAAUAAUACGAGAAGAAAGCCGUAGUUUUACGACUUUACAAAGUCGUACUAUUAUGGCUUUAUUAUUGUAUUAUUAUGACUUUAUCUCAAAAUAUUAUGACUCUUUUUCUUGUGCAAGUUUAUUCAUGACAUAUUAUAACUUCUUUUUUGUAAUUUUACGACUUUAUUCUAGUUGUUUUAUUUUUCCUUUCUACGGCCCAAAUACUUGGUUGUAUUUUCCCAUAGUUUAGGAGGGCUUUGCACUGUGCAUUUUAGCAGCAAUACAAACAUUUUUCUUAGUCAGGUCUACGAUUAAGACCUUCACACUAAAUUUUGAGUCAAUUCCAGCUAAGAAUGGAGUCAUCAGAUGACUCGCAGUACUUUAACAGACCCAGAGAACAGUGUUGUGGGUCCUCACUAAGCCACGUUACGGCUCUCUGAGCCGUCAACGUACUCCCGGCCAUUCUACUGUAAUAAUGACAGUGAUUCUUGUCAUUGUCAGGAAGAGGAGAAGUUGAAACUGGGGUGUGAAACCAAGCAAAACAGAGGAACAGCAAACAGAGAGAAGACUCAUGUGGACUGUGAGAUGGACGGCGUUAAAAAAACAAACAAACAAAAAAACAACUAUGGGGAUUUGCAGAGCCAGCAGCGAGUCCUUCCUUGUCAUCGUUAGGGUGCAUGCUUAAAAUAGUAGGCUCAGCCCAUCAUUUCUGUAUACAAAUAAUUCCUCGGUUGUCUGCAGAGGUCUUCAUUGGAAGUUCUUCAUCCCCUUUAGAUCCAGAACAACUCAUCUCCAUCAGCAAACACAUUUAAGUUGUUGUCGCAUCUGCUGUGCCAUGCCAUAAGGCAGAAACUAUGACAAUGUAGAGCCUUUUAUUUUGACGGCUCCACUGAGCACCUCAACCUUCAGGCGCCUCUGCAGAAUGUCAGUAAUUGCCUACUAUUGAAGCCUCCUGGACUGAGCUGAUCCCCGCCAUGCUAACGUUUCUUAGGAAACAGUAACUGUCUGGAUCUCGCUGUUGCAGCUUGCUUGAGGAAGAAAUGCAACACACUUUGUGUUCUAUGGUACCUCCUUACUGCUCUAUGUUAGCAUCAAUGUAAAAGCUACUUUUAUUCAGGGCUCAGUUCAAACUAAAAUGAUCAUUUUUGCCA